AUGAUUAAAAAAAUAAUAAAAAAUUUAAGUAUUUUAAAUGAAAACAAAGAUGAUAAUUUUAGUCACAUUGAAAAUAUAUUAAAUCUUAUUGAAGCAAUAAUUAUACAUGAAAAUUCUUAUAGGAAGUACGUAAAUAUAUUAAAUGAAUUAACUACAUUAUGCUAUGAAGAUCCAAUAAAUUUCAGAAAAUUAUUAUUCGUUAAAAGCGAAAAGUUGGAUGAUCAGAAAAAGAAGGUAAAUCAAAUAAUAGACAGGAUAUUAAUAGUUUUAGAGAAAUAUGAAGAUUCAAGAAAUACUUUUAUUUAUGCUAUUACAAAGCUAGUAUUGAUUAAUGAUUUUAAUUUAAAUAUAAGUAUUUUGCGUGUAUUAUGUAAUUUAGAAUUAAAUGAAGAAUACAAAUAUUAUAUUUAUUCUGUCUUUGAAGAAAUAAUAGCAUCAAUUAUACUUAAUUCAGUUGAAGAAGAAACAUUAGAUAAUAUUUUUAAAGGGCUAUGCUAUUUACCAAAGGAUAAAUUUAUUGCUGGGUGUUUCAAUAGCUGUAUACAUAAAGUUAUUCAAAUUUUAAGAAAUUCAUUUAAUGAAAACAUUUUAGGAUUUUUAUCAGUUUUAACGUUAGAUAAGGAAAACUGUUUAAUUGCAUAUGACGAAGGGCUUCUAAAAAUAUUAACUGAGGAAAUUAGAAAAUAUAAAGAUUACGAUUUUGAUGAUAUUCCUAAUUAUUUUAAGGAUAUUUAUAUUAUAGUUUCACAAUUAUGUAGUCAUUAUUUUAAGCAUUGCGAAAUUUUAACAAAAGAUAAAAUACAUAUGAACUUUUUUUAUAAAAAGAUAAAAGAAAUAAUAAAUGUGAACAAAAUGGAAAUUUCUAAAAAAAAAUCAUUUUUUUGUAAUAUAAUAAUUUACAUAUUAAAUAAUAUUUGUAAAUUUAAUGAAAAAUCUCUAUUGGAAUUGUGCAAUACAUACCAUUUUGUUGAUAUGUUGCUAAUUUGUAUAAAAAUGGAACUGGGGAACCCUUAUUUAUUAAGUGCUAGUUUAGAUGGGUUAUUGGUUGUUUUAAAAAAUCAAGAAACAUAUAAAAGCAAUAUUGAAUAUAUAUUGAAUAAUACAAAUAAUUUAAAAAUAUUAUUACCCUUUUUAUUUGGACAUAAAUAUAAUAAUAUAUUUAAUUUUUAUUAUAAAUCUGAUGAUGAAAUAGAAUUAUACUUACUUGAUGUUGUAAAAUAUACUUUAGAUAUUAUUGCUUUUUUUUUUUUAAAAGAGGUAGACAAAUUUUCAAUUAAAGUUAAAAAAGAGUUCAGGAAUAGCGAUAUUAAUUACUUUUUGUUAGUAUGUUUAGAAAAAAAAAAUGAAGAAAUAAUUAUAAGAAUGCUAAAAUGCAUUUAUUUAAUUCCUUUUAAUGAUUACAAGCACAUAGAAUUGCAUAAAAUUUUUUUUAUUUUACAUGAAAAAAAUAUUAUUGUAAAUGAUAAAUGGAAGGAAAUUUAUUAUUACUGUAUAAAGAUAUUUAUAAAAGUUUUGAGAAAUGAAGAAAUUAAAAGAAUUGUAGAAUAUUAUAAUUUUAAAAAUACUAUUAUAAGUAUUUUACGUAUUAUGAAUCAAUUUUUAUCAAGAAUAAUUAUAUUACAAAAAAAAAAUGAAUAUCUAAUUUCAAAAAAAAAGAUAGGAGAAGAAAAUGAUAAUGAAUUGGAUCAGGAAGAGAAAGUUGAUUUGAAUAAAAUAAGUGUAGAACUUUUAAAUAUUUCUUCACGAUAUACUGACUUACGUCCUUUUAUGAGAAAUAAUUCAGUAACAUAUUAUUUUUUAGAAAUUUUAUCAAAUGAAGAUAACUUAUUUAGUGAAUUUAACAUUGAUUAUGAUAUAUUAAUUGAAAAGACUUGGUGUGGUAGUAUUGAAAAUAUGUUUAAAACUUUAAUGAAACAAAACAUAAAAAAAAAUAAAAAAGUUUGUUUACGCCUUUUAAUUAAUAUUGCUGAUAUAUUUAGCGGUUACUUUUAUUCAUUUAAAAGCAGCGUGAAUACAAAUAUAUUUAGAUUAUGCAAUCGUGAGGAAAAACAAUGGAAUAAAAAAAAAAUAUUAGAAUAUUUUUUUUUAAUGAAUGAUGAUGACCGUUUAGAUUAUAAAGAACAAGUUUACAUAUUUUUAAAACAUUAUAUGGGAAACCUAUUUUCUCUAUUAGAUAUAUUUAUUCAAAAUGAUAUUUUUAAAGGAUUAAAAAAAGAUCUACAAGAAGGCUAUUUUCCUGGGAUAUUAAAAUAUAACAAAUUAAUAUAUGAAAAAAAGAUAAGUAAAUUAAAAUUAAAAGAAAAGGAGAUAAAAGAGAAAAUUGAAAAUGCUAAAAUGAAUAAAAAUAUUUCACAAUAUAAGCGCUCAUAUAAAGAACUUCAAAAUAUCAACGAUAAAAAAAGGAGACUUUUUUUAAAAUUAGAUAAUAAUAACUUUUUGCAAACAUUUGAUUUAUUUGUUGACAAUGAAAUAGAUAAUAAUAUAGAAUUUAUGUUUGAUAUACCUAAAGUUGUGAAAAAAAAAAAGACAAUUAAAUAUUUAAAUACCAAGUAUAGAAACAAAACAGAUGAAGACGUGAUUGCUCUAAAAAAAAAAGUAGAUAAUUUUGAAGUUAACUUAGAUGCAGAUGAAAAAAAAAAUAAUAACAAUAUUAAUACAACUGAUUAUUUGAAUAAUUAUAACGAACUUGAAAAUAACGAAAAUAGUACAAAAAAUAAUUUAAAUCCUGAAGAAGAAAAAUGUAUAAAACAAAAUGUAAAAAAUUCAUUAGAUAAUUCAUAUUCAUCCUAUGGUGAUUCUUCAUCAAGUUCAUUAGCUGAAGAAAAUCCUAAUGAAACUGUAUUAGAUAAAAUUUCAUCUCAUCUUUUGAGUUUUGAUAGAGAAAUUGUCUAUGAGCAUAAGUCUAAUAAUUUUAAUAUAUUGUUAUUCAAUAAAAGAGGAGUCUUUAUUAAUAGUAGUAGAGGAGAAGUGAACGAAGCAUAUAUAUUAUAUUCUGCUUUAAGAAUUUUUUAUACUUUAAUUAUAAAUAACAUAAAUAAUGAAAAUUAUUUUAAAUUAAAAGAAUAUUUAGUAAGAAUAAAUGUAAUAAAAACUCUACUGAACUUUUUAAACCAGUGCAGCUUUUAUGAUUGUAAUGUUUUUGCACAUUUUCUUCGUUUAUAUAGUGAAAUUUUUAAAAAUAAUAUAACAGCUGUAGAAUCUAUGAAUAUGUUAAUUUUCUACAAUAUAUUGUUUUAUUAUUUUAAAAUUAUGUCUAGGGAAUUUAUAAAAAAAAUUAUAAGCAGUGAAUAUAUUUUAUCAUAUAAGGAACAAUAUUUUUUUGCUGAGCUGUCACAACUUUUCUAUUAUUUUACACAAAAAAUUAUAUAUAUUCAAUUUUCUCAAUAUAAUGAAAUACAAAAAUGGUGUGUUGACUGUUCUUUAUUUCAUUUUUUUUAUAAAAAUAAUAUUUUAUUAUUAUUGUAUUUAUUUAUUUAUAUUCAUAAUGUUCACUAUGGGUCAGUAUAUGCUUCAUAUAUUUAUCAUAAAAGAAAUUUUCAUUUUAUUCAUACAAUGUUUUUUUAUACUUUAUUUUCUUUAUCUUAUUUAAUGUGCUUCUCCAAAAAGUUGAAAUAUUUUAUAUUAUACUUUAUAAAUUAUAAGAGAUAUAUACAUAAAGUAUUAUUUAGGAAAUCCAUUAUUCAUGCUCUUUUUUUCUAUUAUAAAUUGAUAUUUCUUCGAAUAGCUUUUCAAAAUCAGUUAUCUUUAGAAAGAAAGGCCCCUACACAAAUAUAUCAUAUAUCUCCUGUUAUAUAUAUACGGGAAAAUAGUGUAGAAUGGUACUUUUUAGCAUUAGGUUUAGAUAAAUAUUAUUUAGUAUAUAUACCAGAUAACUUUGAAGAAAAUAUAACAGAAGAAAAAGAUAUAAAAUUAAUAAUACAUUCAGAGAAAAAAUAUGUUGAUAUAACAAGAAUAUGCCUAAGUAAAAUAAAUGAUAAUUUUUUUGUUUUUGGAUACAUCAAUUUUGAAAGUAAUAUAAGUUAUGAAGAAUAUGAUAUAUUUAUUAGCUUAAAUAAAUAUUUUCGCGAUGAAAUUAUAUCAUAUUCUCAGUUUUUAUCUGGUUCUGACUAUGAAACAAAGGUUGAUUUACUUCAAGAUAAUAUAAUUGUAAAUAAUUUAAAAAAUUAUAUGAAUAUAAAAAAUAUAAUUAUGACAUCUUUUGCCUACAAAGAAAUUACUCCAAGUGAUCAGAUAAAAAAGAAAAUGAAAGAAAAAGAAAAAAAUAAAGAAGAAGAGGAUUAUGAAGAGUCUUAUCAAUCUAACACAUAUUCAGAAUAUAGUGAUUCAUUAAGUAAAGACAAUGAAAAUAAAAAAUCUGAUAUAUCUGAUAAAUCUGAUUCUCAAUCAGACGACGAGUUUAAUAUAUUCAGAAGAAAUACAAAUAAAAAUAAAAGAAAAUUAUUAUUUUUUGUUUUAACAAAGAAUCAUUUAUAUAUUUUUAAAUUUAAUUUUAAGCAUUGGAUAUUUUUAAGUCCAUUCCUUGAUGAUGAAAAAGAUGAUAUACUUCUUUAUGUUGAAUCAAGUUUAGAUAGUGAAGAAAAAAAAAGAAAACUAUUUACAAAUGAUAAAAUAUAUUUAAAAAAUUUCUUAGGAAUAACGGCUAAUAUAACUCAUAGUGGUGAUGUUUCUUUUGUUAGAAAAUGUGCUAUUAGAAAUACUGUAAAACGUUUUUAUCAAAGUAGCAACACAGCUUAUACAAAUGACCAAAUUGUGCUAACAUCCUAUACUACAACCAAUACAACCAAUUUGUCAAAUGAACAGAACAAAGGUAGAAUUAUAAGAAGUGAAGAGGAAUAUGCAGAAAAAAGAAGAUAUGAAUAUGCAAACAACUUUUUACUAAAAAUUAUUCAUAAAUAUAAUAAUGAGUAUUUAAAUAGAAUUAAAUUUUUAAAUAAUUUUGAAAGUAUAAUUUCAUUGAAUUAUAAAAUAAAACAAAAUGAAAGAACUACAGAAAAAAAAAUUAAAAUGGUUUUGUUUGAUGAUUACACAAGAGAACUAUGGAAACGUUCAUUAGCACAUUCUUUAAAUAUUCUUAUGGCAUCAUCGGAAUGGAGAAGAAAGUGGAACUAA